AUGCAGUCACUCGCCCUUUUCUUGGCCGGCGCUGGCGUCGCCCAUGCGUACACCAUUGCCGUCGCCGACCGGUUCAUGUACAAGAACAUUGAUCCCAUUGUCGUGCCUGGGCAGUACACCAGCCAUAUGCACAGCUUUUUCGGGUCGGAUGCCGUGACAGUCAAUACGACUACCUCGAAGGAACUGCAGGCUGGUUGUUCGACGGCCGAGAACCCCAACGACUUUUCAUCCUACUGGGUUCCUACUCUUUUCGUCCGUAACGAGUCCGGCGCUACACCUGUACCCUUUUCCCGCUUCAGCGCGUACUAUGUGUCCAUCGAGAAAGCCGAAGUCGCCAUUCCUCAGGACUACAAGGCGGUGGCUGGCAAGUCCUCCGCCACAAAGCAGGCAGACAUUGAACCCCUGGCGGGCAUUGAAUGGUUUUGCGAAAAUGGCCCUGCAAAGGCAGAUGGCGCCGACAAGGCCGCCUUCCCCACCAAGACCUGCAGUACCCAUCUCCAGACCCUGCUCCUUUUCCACGACUGCGUCAAUGAGAAGACGCUCGAGUCCACCUACUCGGGAACCCACAACUGGGUGUCCUGGGGUGUUCCCGCGAACCGCUGCCCCGUCGGUAUGAAGCGUAUGCCUCAGCUCCGGUUCAGCAUCCGCUAUGAUCUGCGUCGCCUCCUGCCGAACGGCUGGACCGGCGCGCCACCUCUGGAGCUGGCGUGCGGCUCGUCAUACUGCACACACGGUGACUUCAUCAACGGAUGGCUGCCUGAGGCGGCCGAGAACAUGCUCAAGUCCAACAGCAAGCGCGAUUUCAAGGGCGUCGAUGGGCCGAACGGCAAGUACAACGCCGGUUCCGUGUGCGGCGCAAAGAACGCCAAGGAUGCGGACCCGAAGAACGGCACGAGCGAUUACGAAAAGAGCCGCAAAAUCCUUGGGUUGCGCAGCGUGACACAGGCUGUGAGGAACUUGGCUCGUCGCCGCAAGACUCGUCGUGGUGUUGCUGGAUAUUAA